AUGAUGAUAUUAAAAAACACUCCUUUGGAAUGAUGGUUGGAAGAUAUGCAUAUGGUGAUGAGGUUGUACUAAUUCAAUUUACAACUUUAAAUGAAAAUCCAUCAAAAUUUGACUUGCACAUAUCACCACCAGUUUGGACCUUCACCGGCCAUGUAAAAGAUCCUUUCAACAAUGAUGAUGAUGAUUUCAUGUUCAGGCUGAACAAAGACAUAUACAAUGGUUAUACCAAAACUACAUCCAACACAUCGGUGAUUUGUACAUUAAAAAAAAAUGAAGCUUCAUAUAUAGAAGAUGCACCUUCAAGUUCCAUAAAAAGGGGAAACAAUAGUAACAAUUCCAUAUACUUGGUUGAUGAUGUUACAAAUUCAGAAGGUAAGUGUAAGAUUGUUGACACUUCCAAAAACAAUAAUGAAGAAGUUGAAUAUGAAGAUAGCAAUACUAUUGAAGAUGCUGGUGCUGAGGCUAAUAAUG